AUGUUUACUUAUAGGGAAAAUAAUGAAGUUGAAGGACAUGCAGUUGGUUCAGCAAGAGAGCCAAUAGAGCAAGGGGUAAGUAGAAUGAUAUUCACAAGCUCAAGAGGUGCCUAUCAGUAUCCCAAUAUCAAAGCCUCCCGAUAUUAGAAAAGAUAAAAUCACUUCUUAUCAUUAGCACUAGAGAAGUUUUCUGCGGUUCAUGUUUUCAUUUGCUUCACGCCGCUGAGAAGAAACGGCUGUUUUCGCAGGCUAUGUUUCCAUAAAGCAUGUUGCCGAAAUCAAAAUCCUAUAAAUCCUAUCGCAAGUUGUGACUUUAAAAAAAUUGCAGCUUUAAAUUUAUCUGUUUAGUACAUAUUCAAGUUUUGGCAUCAGCACAGUUAGACUGCAAGGACCCGCUUCGGUGAUAGUUGGAUGCUGGGACUCACAAGAACUGUUUUUUGACACAUUUAUUAAGAGACAACUUUUAACAAGAAAGUGAUAAUAUCUCCUACGCUGGUUUAAAAAUAUGAUUUCCUCUUUUGUGUAGGCGAUCGGUGGUCAACAACCCAUUGAAGGAGUGUAUCUUCCCAUUCAUGAUGUAGAACAGACAGAACAUGGAUCUCAACAGCUUUUUAUUGGUCAACCUAACCCUGCAGGCAUUUAUAAUGGGCUGAUGGAUCACCAAGGGAUCUCACCACUGCCAGUUGUGCCACCAAGAUACCCUGACCGCCUGAAAGAGAUACUUGUUGAGGAUAUGAAUUUCAAUCCAAUGCAGGAGGUUCCCUUAUACCAGGUGCAUUCUCGAAGAGAUAGACAGCCGAUGCAGUACGCGGAUCAAGCUAGACGAAUGCAGUUCAGAGAUUGGUCACUACCAGCAACUCAGAUGCACUGUGGGCGAGGAUGGACUGAUGCAACUGAGUCGGUCAAUAGAAACAGGUGCUCUAGAUCUGUCGAGGAGACCAGCCAAUUUCCAGAGCAGAAUCAAGGAGGUGAACGCAUGCGUGCAUCCAGUUCUCCACGACAGCUGACUUUGAACAGGUCAGUAUACGACCUCAAAUUAAGCCAAACGUAUAUCCGAUCCAACUACUUCGAGGGCUUUUUUUAGUGUUUCCAUCCCCUGGCCACGGGCAAGCAGUGCGUCAUGUUACUUCUUGACAUGAUUGAAAUUGCAAUGGUUGAUUUUACACAACUCUAAUGUUGUGAAACGUUAGAAUGCUUAUGAUUGUAUUUUCUUAUUUCAUUAAAUUUUCAGUAGUUGAUUAAGUAAGCCAUUAUCUCGCCACCGCUAAAAGAGAUCUUUAGAUUGUAACAGGAUAAUAUCGUGGGAUAAGAUAAUUAUAUUAGAAUUAAUCAAUGUUGUAUUUAAUCGGGUAUUACUAGCUUAACCGCACAUAAGGAUUAGCACCAUAAUUGUCAAGUAAACCCACGCUUAAUAGGAAAUUAGUCGAAAUUAGUGCUAACGAAUCGAUGUUAAACGUGAGCAAAGAACUUAGACCUAAUUUGAUUACUGUGACCACGCAGGGAUUACUCUUCUGGGUGUGGACUUCCUUAACUAAUGCAGCAUUUUUGUUAAAUUUAGUUAGAUUGAAAUCGAUCGUAGAACGGAACGUGUAAUGUUGAAUUGUGAAGAAUAAAGUCAGAUUUGUACGAAAGUAUACAGUCCUCGACUGUUGAACCAACGUGUCCGGAAUCUCUCUCUAUCGCAAGUGGGAAACUCCUCGAAAUUAAUGAGCCAGCCCUGCAGGAAUAGCAAAAUCAUGAGUAGUUUCUGUCAUAUCCCAUGAAUCCUUAUGCGCUUCGUACAUGCGCAGUAGGUGCUUCUUGCCAUGUGCUUAUAGACUGGAAGUCAAAUAUUGUUGAGUUCUCAGCGUUUCGAUAUACAAUUUCCUGGUACAUUACAAACUACACAUUCCUGCCACAUUCCAGUUUCAUUGACAGUUUAGUUUCUAUGAUCCUUAUUUGGUUUCCAUUAUCCUCAUUACAGCAGUUACAGGUCAUAAUGACUUCCAUAAACAUCGUACAAGGGUCAAAGUUUAUUUUUUUAGCCAGUAUAGCAUCCAAGUUUGUUAGCGACUGUUUGCAAUUUGUCUUUUCUCUAUCCCACAACUCAUAAACCGCCUUUACAGAAGCAACCACACCUUUACAAAAACUGAAUUAAUCAUCUUAAAACCGCUUUGUUUCUACAGGUCAAGUCCACCAGAGCCUUUGUUAACUAAAGGUCAGAUCUGUGGUGGAGAUUAUACUUGGAAGAUAGAGCAUUUCUCUCAGCUCCUCCAGGGUGAUAGUGAUGGAAUAAAAACAUCACUUGACAGUCCUCCGAUUUACACUAGUUUGUGUGGAUACAAGUUCUUCAUGAGAAUCUACCCAAAAGGCGUUGAUGGUGGAGAUGGAAGACAUAUUGCCCUUUUUGUUGGCAUAAUGCAGGGAGAAUAUGAUACUCUUCUAGAGUGGCCCUUCUGCCAACAAAUCUCUCUCUCCAUCAAGGAUCAGACAGGUGAUGUUAAUGGUUUCCGCCACGAUAUUAGUGGCACUUUCAUGGCCAACAGAAAUCUGGGAGCUUUUCGGGAACCGCCUGCCACUGGGCGAUACACCACCUUGUAUGGUUUCGAAGAGUUUGCGCCCAUCGCUAUGGUUUGUACCCCAAAGUACUCUAAAGAUGACACAGUGAUGAUCAAGAUAAAGAUCCAUAAAAACAUCUAA